AUGGAAGUGAUGAAAUCCGUGCUUAGCGGCGGCAAGAAUGAUAACAGUGGCGACGACGGCGCACCCAAUGAUAACAACGAGCAGUUUCCGAGCAGAGAGGAAAAGCUUAAAACCAUUGAGAGCCUUCAGAAGGCCCAGAAAGCUCAAUCCACAGCCAACGACCUGAAAUCAAGAGCUUUGGCACUUACGGACUCAAAACAACGCGAGAAAAUGCUGAAGGAGGCAUUCGACAAGGAGGUAGAAGCUCAUGGACAUAGCAAGAUGGCGAGGCGACUACAAAGUGGUACCUGGCAAGGCUUCGGAUUCGGGGGAGGGAUAGGCGCCGCCACUGGAUUGGGUCUCGGCGCGGGAGUGGGAACGGUUUUAGGUGCGGUGGCAGCGGUUCCUACAACAGGAUUAGGUAUGUUAAUUGGAAGUGGCGUUGGUGCUAUUCAUGGACCAUGGGUAAAGCUGGGUGGGAAAGAGGAGAAGUUUGAGGACGCUGAUCCUGAAAGGGUGGUCGACGCACUCGAGCAGGAGGUGAGCCAACAGAACAAGUCACAAGUCGACUAG